AUGACCGACAAGAUCAAGGUAGGCGAUUACCUGAUCGUGCAGCGCCAGAAAUAUACAAAGCUGCAAAAAUUUACCAACCUUAACACGAUCGUGAAUUUGGGAAAGGAUCAAGUAGAACUACGGCUGGCGGAAAAUCAUCGGUAUCUCACGACAUUCCACCUAGUCCCAAAGCAGGAACGUGGGAAGCGAGUCUACACGCUCGAUGCUCUUUCGACGCCUUCGGAAAUAAGGAACUUGAAGGAACUUUUGAUUAAAGAGAGCGGCAAUGACAAUCGCAACAUCAUUGACGAUCGACAAUCGCAGGCCCUGUCGACGGAGGAAAUUCUGAAGCUGCGAGAAGAGUGUGAAUCUUCAUCGGAGGUAAUCGGCAAGCUAGUGGAAAACUCGAAAAGCUUUGCGACCAAAACGGAAUACUCACAGGAAAAGUAUCUCAAGCGCAAGGAGAAAAAGUAUUUCGAGUACAUCACAAUACGGCGUCCAUCGGUGCGACUGCUGUCCGACAUAUAUUGGCGUUUGGAUCCGGAGAAGGUGCUUGGCGUUCGUUUCGAUACGCUGUCGCAAAUAAUUUCAUACAGUGGUGUAUGCAGUGUUGGUAAUUAUCUGUUAUAUGAAUCAGGCACGAAUGGACUGUUGCCGGCAGCGAUGUUAAACUCAAUAGGAGCCGGAACCGGUGGUAAACUGGUACAUAUGCAUCCCGGUAACGUUGCCCAAAAGCAAGCCCUACUGGCAAUGGAUUAUCCAGCCGAACAACAAGCUCGUUGCGUAUCGGUUAACAUCUAUUCUGUGCUGAGACAUUUCUACCAAGACAAAGAAGUAAGCAAUGGUGAAAAGGAUGUUGAGCUAAAGGAUGUGAAAGAUAUGCCCGUGGUUCCAGAAGAUUCGCCCACUGUCGAAAGGGAAGAGGGAAUAAAUGGAACCAACAAACGCAAGCACGAAGAAACCGAUGAAGGAUUAGAGGUCACCGUAGCAAAACAGGUGAAAUUAGACAAGCAAAAGCAACCAUGGGAACUGGAGAAUGAAGCUGCCACAAGGGUUAUGGACGAAAAGUUUGAUUCACUCGUUAUCGUAGCGAAGGAACAUCCUCAAAGUAUUCUGAAAGCAUUGCUGCCAUUUGUCAAGUCAAGCCGUCCGGUCGUGAUCUUCAGCAAUUCGAGAGAAAUUCUUACCGAAUGUUACGUGGACAUAAAGACGGAAGCAUCUGUAACGUAUCUACGUGUAACUUCCAACUGGAUGCGCCAGUAUCAAAUUCUUCCGAAUCGUACCCACCCGGAUGUGACCAUGUCUGGGAGCAGCGGCUAUUUGCUCACCGGAUAUACUGUAGGAAACUAA